AUGCAGAUUGCCGCUGGCAUAAGCAUCCCAUGUGCCAUGUGUAUCAUUGCCGAGACCUACGCAUCGCACAGAGCGGGCACUGGGACCUCCGCCACCCGUAUCUUGUUCUGCCAAAUGAUAUGGACGGUAUUCUAUCUGUUUACGCUCAUGUUUGGUAGGCUUCCAAUGCCUGCCGAAUCCGGGGCAUGGGGUGCUGCUGGCAACACUGCCUCUUGUACUGCACAAGGAUUUUUUGUCAAUCUGGGUGCUUGGGCUUUUUUGAUCUGGGAUAUAGCGCUUUCCAUCACCUACGUCUUCAUGGUCUGCUAUGGAUGGACAGAGACGCAGCUCAGGCAGAGAAUUGAAAAGGUUACCCAUGCCAUUGGUAUCAUUGUGCCGAUUUUAUUCGCCCUCGCUGGGCUCUUUACCAACUCCUACAAUCCCGGCUACGCCGUAUGCACACUGGCCAAGUUGCCCUACACUUGUGAUGGGGAUGAAGUUCCUUGCGAAAGGGGAGAAUAUGCUACGUUGCUGCUCUUUGCUGGUUUACUCAUGAGUGUAAUUGCACUUUUGGUGUCUACAACUUCCAUGAUCAAGCUGUAUUGCUUUGUGCGACAUCAAGAGGUCAGGAACCGACGCUAUGGCGCAAGCUCCUUAAAGGCAUCCACCACCAACAACAGCCACGCCCCAAACAUGUCCAUCACCACUCCUUCGUCACAGACACGCGACAAGAAAAAAAUUACAAAGACGCAGCGAGUGUCAAGACGAAUUGCUAUUCAAGGCAUCCUGUACUCUGGUACCUAUUUCAUUGUAGCAAUUCCCCAAAACAUCAUUUGGACUAUUCGAGCUACCAGUGAUCAGGAUGGAAACUCAGUUGCUCUUGGCGUUGUGUACGUUAUUCAGGCACUAUAUGGUGUCAUGUAUCUGGGCAUCUUUACGCGUCGACAGCAAGAAAUGAGGACUCGGUAUGGUCAAUUUGUGAAAAGGUUGAUUUCCUGCGGGCCCUUGUUCUCGUUGUGGGCUCGCCUUCGUCAAGAACACCAACAAUCAGGAGACGAUCGACAGAGUACGUGCCAAGAGCAAUCCAAGGACGAGGACAUGAUCAAUGACAACUCUCCCGAAUCCAUUCACAGCUUUGCAGAUGAAGAACCAGAACCCGUUGUGGAACCUGAGGCCUGA